GGUGCCUGCAGCCUUGACAAAGGGGAGGCAGCUAUAAAUCAAGGCCCACCGGGGCCAAUGGCAAGUGUCCGCUCAGCGCUGCGAUCCGCCCCUCAACUUCACGGCUGAAGUUGUGGCUCAACUCAUUCUUGGCGAGAAAAUUGUGAGGCUCCUUUUGAGUGCUGGCUCGCUGGGGGCAGGUUCCUGAUAAUCGGGCAGAUUAAGUUCCUCCCGCAUCGCAUGUAUGGGAGCAUGAUGACGUCCAACAAGGCGCUGCUGGACUCCCGGGACGACAUUGACGAGAUCGAUCAGCUGUUUAGUGCCAGUGUCCAGCCAGCCAUCCCUAUCCAGCAGCUCCCCCCGUCUCGCCCCAAAAGCCCCCCCAAAGUUCCUCAGGUUCCCCCCGUGCCUGCUGGCCUGUUCAGCACGCCCGCACCCCCGGUUCCGGUCUCUACCAAUCCAAAUGGCGCGUCUUCCUCCUCAUCAGUGCCGCCAGCCGCGCCGUCUGCGUCGGGAUUCGGAAGUGCCCCCGUCCACUCAACCCUAACUGAGCCUGUGUGGCACACCCUGAGGAGGGACAUUUUGCGGGUGGCGAGCAAUGUGUGGACCGUGGUCUUUCCCUGCUUCUCGGGGGCGCAGCCAGGGAAGGCUCUGCGCGACUGGGAUCUAUGGGGCCCGCUUUUCUUCAUCAUCUUUCUGGCCCUGACGCUUUCGUCUUCGGCCUCGCACAACAAAUCCGUGGUCUUCGCCGUCGUGUUUGCAGUCCUCUCCUCAGGAGCAGUCGUCUUGACUCUCAACGUCAUUCUUCUGGGUGGCAAGAUCAUCUUCUUCCAGAGCCUCAGUGUGCUCGGUUACUGCCUCUUCCCCCUGGACGCGGGUGCACUUGUCUGCUUAGGCUGGAGCAACAAGCUCUUCCGGAGUGUGGUGGUUCUUGUCUCCUUGGCUUGGAGCUCUUGGUCAGCAUACCCGUUCCUUUCGUCCGCUGUGCCGCCCGCACGGAAAGCCCUCGCCGUGUACCCGGUGUUCUUGCUGUACGUGGCAGUAGGUUUCCUUGUCCUUGCCAACGACUGAAAAGUACGGUAGGCCCUAACAGUAGUGCUAAUGUUUGCGGAGAUUCAUUACGCCCAAGCUCUAUGACAGGAUUAAUGCAAGAGGUGGUGUAACCAGAGAAUUCGGUUGCGUUGCAAGAGUUCCGGUACCAUUAAUCACUAGGAGGUCUUCCUUCAAGGUUGUCUGCAUAUUCUAAUAACGAGAGAUCUGUUUUGUGGUGCAUCUGCAUGACAUGUUCGCCGCAUGCUUGUUUGUACCAUUUGCUCUAGCAUAAUAGAUCGAUACAUAUACGUUCAUUAGAAG